AUGCACACCGCCAUCUUGGCCCCGCCCCUCCCGCCGGGUCACGUGGGGCGGGAAUGCCGGUGUCACGUGGGGAGGGUACGUCGGUGUCACGUGGGGGGUGUACCGGUGUCACGUGGUGCGGUCACGUGGGCGGGCCCCGUUGCCAUGGCGAGCGCGGCGCUGGGGCCGCUGUGCCUGUGCUGGGCCCUGGGCCCCGCCGCUGCCGCCACCCCCAACAUCCUCCUCCUCCUCAUGGACGAUAUGGGCUGGGGGGAUCUGGGAGUUUUCGGAGAGCCUUCCAAGGAAACCCCUAACCUAGACCAGAUGGCUGCAGAAGGGAUGCUGUUCCUGGAUUUUUAUACUGCCAGCCCCCUCUGCUCUCCCUCAAGGGCAGCCCUGCUGACGGGCAGGCUCCCGGUCAGGAACGGCUUCUACACCACAAAUGGACACGCCAGGAACGCAUACACACCACAGGAUAUAGUAGGAGGAAUCCCAGAUUCUGAAUUACUGCUUCCAGAGCUCCUGAAGAAAGCUGGCUACACCAAUAAGAUCAUUGGCAAAUGGCACUUGGGGCACCGGCCCCAGUUCCACCCCCUGAGGCACGGCUUUGAUGAGUGGUUUGGGUCCCCAAAUUGUCACUUUGGGCCCUACGACAGCAGAGAGCGCCCCAACAUCCCCGUGUACAGGGACUGGGACAUGGUUGGCAGAUACUAUGAAGAUUUCAAAAUUGAUCUGAAGACAGGUGAAGCCAACUUGACUCAGCUCUACCUGCAGGAAGCUCUGGAUUUUAUUAGCAAGCAGCAGGCCAGCCAGCAACCAUUCUUUUUGUACUGGGCAAUUGAUGCUACCCAUGCUCCUGUUUAUGCCUCCAAGCAGUUCCUGGGCACCAGUCAGAGAGGGCUGUAUGGGGAUGCUGUGAGGGAGAUCGAUGACAGCAUUGGCAAAAUCCUGAAGCACCUCCAGCAGCUGGGGAUCAGUGAGAACACCUUUGUGUUUUUCACCUCUGAUAAUGGGGCUGCUCUCAUUUCAGCUCCCAAACAAGGAGGAAGCAAUGGGCCUUUCCUGUGUGGCAAACAAACCACCUUCGAGGGUGGCAUGAGGGAGCCGGCGAUCGCCUGGUGGCCGGGCCACAUCCCUGCAGGAGGGGUCAGCCAUCAGCUGGGCAGUGUGAUGGAUCUGUUCAGCACCAGCCUCUCCCUGGCAGGUCUGCAGCCUCCCAGUGACAGACAGAUUGAUGGCAUCGACCUUUUACCUGUCAUGCUGCAGGGCAAGCUCACUGACAGGCCCAUUUUCUAUUAUCGUGGCAACGAGCUGAUGGCAGUGAGAGCUGGGCUUUACAAAGCUCACUACUGGACCUGGAGCAACUCCUGGGAGGAGCACAACAAGGGCAUUGAUUUCUGUCCUGGCCAGAGUGUGGCUGGAGUGACAACACACACCCAGGAGGAGCACACUUACCUGCCCCUGCUCUUCCACCUGGGCAGGGACCCUGGGGAGAAAUACCCUUUAAGCUUUGCCAGUGAUGAAUACCAGCGGGCUGUGGAGCACAUCUCAGGGCUGGUCCAGCAGCACAAGGCCUCCCUGGUGCCAGGCCAGCCCCAGCUGAAUGUGUGUGACCAGGCUGUUAUGAAUUGGUCCCCUCCAGGCUGUGAGAAGCUUGGGAAGUGCCUGAAAGCACCAGAGUCUGAUCCUAAGAAGUGCUCUUGGCCUCACUGAUGGCUGCAGCCCCCCAGAGUACCCAGCUGGACAUGCAGUGUGCAGUGCCUGCUCCUGUUGGCACUCCUGUUUACACAGGAAGGGUGUGAUGUGUGCAUGAUAUCAUCACUUGCUCUUCCAAAGGGGCCAGUGUUUAUAUUCCUCAUGCUCAGGGUUUAGCCUCUACUCCUCUCUUCUCCCAGUUCUUUCCCUAAAUGGUAACUCCAGUGAGGAUUGCUUCAGCUGUAAAAGCUCUCUGGACAGCCACGACUCUGCCAUCACUCCAAAAUGCCAAGGAUCACUCCUGCUGCUUCCAGCCCACCUUGCUCCCUCCCAGCAGGAGCCAUGGGACAGGUCAGGAAACUCAGAGCUGCCAGAGAGCCCUGCCCACACUGCCCAUGUUCUGUUUGCCUGUAACUUGUUGUUUUAACAUUUGAUUUCCAUUGUGAACUCUGGA